AAAACAGCUGUGAGUUGUUACUGAAAAACAACCCAGUUCAUGAUACUGGAAAGCCAAUUCGGCAGCUUUAAAGACCUUACUUAGCAAAUCUACAAUGUUACAAGGUACGCCUCUUUUCCUCGUAGUUACAUUAAAUACUUAUUAACAGCUAGUUCGAAGAAAUCUUUAGAAACAAAGCUUUUGACUGAGUUAAUGCAAAAACCAACAGUUGCAAACUAAAAGUAUGAAGAUUUAAUCAUGUAAACCUCCAAAACAAAAUAGGAAACUUUCGUCAUUGAGCUGCAACUAAACGUUAUGUGUAUAAUUUUUUGACUAAAAUAUAUAACCAAAAACUAACGCAUCGCUUGUAUAAAUGUAGUGAAAUAGAAUGUAUUUCUGAGGUCACUCUUUCCUCAAUUAAGAUAAUUUGACGUUUAAGUAAAAUGCACAAUUUCCAUUCGUAAAACGAGAUCUCCUGAAAUAAUAAUCCAGGCGUAGAAUCGUGUCAAUCGAGGCAUAAGCAAUGAAGCAAUAACAAAACGACAGUAGUACUGCCGACUAAAGCCUAUCCGUUGAUUAGGCUAAAACAUAUACGCAAGCUAAGAAGCUCAUCUAAAACAGUAAAGGAUUUUAAUGAAAAAUAAAACUGAUUGGAUGGUAACGAAAAAAAAGAUCCGAUAAUUUGCGGGAGUUGAGCAGUAAGUAUAUCUUAAUUUUGUCUUCAAUUUGCUUUAGAACAAGUGGAAAAAGUGAAACGUCAUUUUCAUUAAUUCUGGACACACCUAUUUUUGAACGUUAAACAGGAGUGUUUGCGUAUUUCCCCGUAAACUCUAAUUUAGCUCAUAGAGAUAAAAGUGAGCAGCUUUUUUGCCUUAUCGUGGGUGAGGGCGUAAAUAAGGAGGCAUAUUGGAAAUUUGUUUUGGAAAAUUGGAUGGGCUUAAAAUGGCAUGUUUUUGAUGAGUAAGAGAUAAGAUUGCACUUGUUUCCAAACGGUUACACGAGCAAUUCGUGAUCCCUCAGAAAACACUAUCGUAAUUAGAUGUGAAAAAAGUAAUUAGCUGUCGUGCGGAUGGAAAAACAACAUCGUAUUACCUUAAAGAGGUUAUGUCAUGCUAAUUUAAAUACCUAAAAUGUGUCUUUGCAUUAAUUGCAUUGCAAAAAUAGUGGCCCAGUUUUGUUGUUUAAGACUAUCAGUUUAGGCAUUGAAGCUGUUUCCUGCCGUCUGUUGCUAUAGAUGGCAAGGAUGGAAAUAGAUUGAAACUUGAAAAGAUUGGGAAAACUUUUUCAAGUUUUAAGCUAUGCCUGCAAAAAUCACCAAAAAAAAUAAUCAUGCUUAGUGUUCCCUUCUGAAAUUUGUUUGAUGCCUUCUUCAUAACCUUGCAGGCGCAUUUUGUGUAUAGGUAGAGGCACUAAGAAAUGACUUCAGUGCAGUUAUGACCUAGACUGUUCACAGUCCACUAUUUUUUUGUAAGAUCGUUGAGAUCGAGCGAUUUGCGUUACUGGCAGCCAUCUUGGAUGAGUGUCAAAACUACUUAGGGGGCGGGGGAUGAUUUGGGAGGAAGCGAGGAAAAUAUUUUUCUCGCCUCCCUUUUGGCUUACGCUUUAAACCCCGACGCCCGCCCCCUGGGUAAAUAUGAAACCAAGAUUGCCGUCCAUACCGGUAACCACCUUACGAAAAAGUGGGGGACUGUGAACAUACAGUCAAGAGUGAUAUGACCCAAAACAGCAUUAUUCUCGCAGCAUAGCCCCUUUAAAUAUCAUAUCGGUAGAGGAUUUCAUCUCUUGGUUAUACCACUUUAUGGAUCCUCUAUAUCUCCUGGUUGUACUACUUGUAUAGUUCAUAUACGAUGGCUACUAUUUCAUACCCACUGUUUGUACUAUGGUUUAUCUGCUAGCGGAAGUCAAGACACUUCAAAAUGUCUCAGCCAAUUUGUCACAAUGAACAAAAUUUUCAGCAUCCAAUAAAAAUAAAUGGCGGAUGGCGAAUCAAAAAGAAUAAAAAAGGCAAGGUGGUUCUUCCUAUUCAUCUCUGAGAUGGUCGUUCAACUUCGUCAUUGGGUUCAGAGUCAUCAGAACCUAUCAAAGAACCUAUUCUCGUGAAGAUUUCCCGUUCCUUGAUAAAAGAAUAGAUUAAUAAACCGAAAUGUUCCACCCGCUUUGACACUUACUGGUAGUAUAUGGCAUAUGCAUGGAAGCUCCGCAGUAGCUUGGAUCGAGUGAUAAGUCAAACAUGUAACAUGUCCCUUAUAACAUAUAUUCCACACCUCAUCCAUCUUACACUCAUUAGUGAGCAUUCUCUAUCUCAUCCACUUACUUUCCAUCUCUAUACGGUUCCUGAUACUCCAUGAGCCUUCUCGAGUUCCUUAAUAACUUUUUGGCAUUCCAAAGUGUUUUAUUUUAUUGUUCUGGCUGCUCGGUACUACAACUUUGAUUUUCCUGAGUUUUAUAAGAAAACUUUCAUAGCUAGUGUACACAUGCAUCAACAGAUAAUACCAUAAUAUGUUGGUUGUAGAGUAGUAUAACAGCGAGUACGUUAGUGCCCUAGUAGCCCUUGGUAGAAGCACAAAACAAGAAAUCUAUGAUUGUUUUUUACUGCUGAUUUUCCAAUUAAUGAGAAGCUUCCGCUUUACUCUUCUCUCUGCAGUAAUUUUUUUUGGUCGCAACUUGCCAAGCGAGUUUGUAACAUUAACUAACAGAGUCAAAUGAUCGCAUUUUAUGCCUGUAAUCCAUUCCCUAUAAAUAGAGAAGAACGACAUAUAAUUUCGAUUAUAAUAAAUUUAGUUAUUUUUAAAUAACUAACGCACUUUUGGCGAAAUGAGUUUUCCAAGAUAGGUUUUCAAAAAUGUUAAAAUUAAAGGUUUUUUAAUCAGCGUUUGUCAGCUGUCUAGACAACACUAAAUCGUUCUGCAGUUAUUGGUGCAGGAUUUUUUUUAUAGAGUCAAUGAAAGCCUGCCAAACGAUCAUGUCAGUUAAACCGAGCAGUAAAACUAUCUGACUGAGGGACGGUCACUUAAUUUUUUCAGGACCUUUUUGUAGAGAUAUCUAAAAAAGAUUAUCUUAAGUGAAUUCUGUUAAUUGAAAACAAUUUGAUAUUUAUUCGAUACGAAUGUUUGGGUAGGCAACUUUAAAGUGAUUUAACUGCAUGAAAUCCACAUUGGCGCCCUUAAAUCGACUCAAUUAUAUUUUUACCCUUUUUUGUCUUCGCAUUAAUUACAGCUAAUGGUUUUCUUAGUCAUAACACUGAAUUUUAUUAUUAUUAUUAUCAUUAUCAAUAGAAAAUUGCAUGCAAAUGAGUGAAUCAACUCUAAAGUAUAAAAAAGCCAGCUGAGUUGACUAUCGUUUAAAAAAAAUGAUUUUAGCCUUCCUGUCAAUGAAUUUUUGGCAAUUGACUUGUUUUUGAGGGUAUUUUCGUAAGUUUCAAAUUAGAAGUCACCACACUGGCAGUGAGUAGUGAUCACCAAACACUGCCAAAAAUGACACUUACACCAUCCGACCUUAUUUUUUCGUCAUGACACAAAACGGCCGAAUUUACUUUACAAAGUAUAUAUUUGAAGAUAUUUACCACCUUGUCGGCUUGUUGAUUGAAGCAAGUUAUUAAGGGCAUGGGAAAAACCCAAUUGGUAUUAAAUUAUUUCUAGCCAACCAGAAGUUUCAUAGGGAGAUCAAUAAGCCUUGCAAUCGCCCGUUUGGCGGCUAUAAAGUAAGAACAUCAACGCUCUCCGGAUGUGUCAUUACAAGGCCAAAGAAUUUAAAAUAGCUGAUUCGUCGCAAAGUUUUCCCUGCAGUGGUAAAAGCCAGGUAAAUGAUACAUUUAUUUAUCACUCGCAUUACAAAAAAAAAAGAAAAACUUUCGAGAAAUAGGUACAUCAAUCAAGGGGUAUAUACUCUCAUAUUUGUUUAUAAUGUUUUAAAAAAGCGUGUAUACGUGAACUAAUGAAAAGUACGCAGUGAGGGCUUUUCGACGUAAUAGGCACCCGAGUAAGUCGGCAUUCCUCACCAGGAAAGGAAAGUAAUUAGAGUUAGUUCACUCUUCAAAGAGCCAGCAUUAGAUCACACCCUAGCGUGUGCCGUAAAAGUGACGACACUCAAACAAGCGACGUAUAAAACGCCUUUGUUGUCAAUUUUUACAUCGACUAAUAAAAAGUCGUUUUCAUAUUAUUUUUGAUAAAUUAAGAGUGUCUCUUUUGAAAUAAUGAAACUCGUCGCUUUCCUUUCCGUGGAAGUGAUCGGGCUCAAAUCGUUCAGUUUUUCAAGCUGUCCUCAACGUAGGUUUCCCAUUUUUCUUGCACAACCAAGUUCGACGAUAUACUUGCAUUUUUUUAUGUUUACUGUAAAUGGCAAUUAUUAAAAUGAACCGACCUAGAAGUUACAAAAUUUUGUUAUGUUAAAUUAAACUGGUAAUGCAGUUUUUUUGCUCAUUUCAUUUGUGGGCUCUUUGGCGUUUGGCAAGAAAGGAUCAAUUAGGUCCUCGCUCAAUAGUUUUGGUGAUUUUGAGAAAAAUUACAAAAUUGAAUCAUUGGAUAAUGUAAUUCUAGAGCUUUGAUUGGCUUAGCCGUCAUGGUAUAUGAGGUAUUAUACCAUGCUCUCCAAAUAUGGUGACUGUAUACGCCUGCUCAAAAUUAAAAACAAGCUGAAAUUUGGUUGUUUUUUUUUACAAAUAAAGUCAGGAAGAAUUCUCGAUAUUUUGUGGGCGUUUUUAAUAAAACAAUUAUUCCACUCGCGCUUGUUGGAUAUGAGAUCAUUAUAGCCAACUCACAUCCAACGCGUACACUGAAUAGAUCGUUCGCCAAAAGCGGAUGAUAAUGAUUCUUCGCUUAUUCAAAUCCGCGCUUAUUCAAGCGAAUGUUUGAGUUUAUCAUUUGUAAUGGUAUCUGUCGUUCGCUUGAUUAUUUGCUCUUGUCGUUCUUAUAAUGCCCGCAAUUUAAUUUACGUGGUAGCAUUGCCAAGAAAUUAAACUCACGUCAGUAAAGGUGACAUUUGAGCUUGCAAGCAAAACAUAUAUUAAAGGAGUUCCAAGGGGGUGAGGAGGACCAUAGGUAAACAAACUGACGUGCUUUUAGCUCGAUGUGUUAUAAAUUUUCCCAUUUGCAAUAAAUAUUAAAAUUAGUGUGUCUAACCGUAACAAGGCAUCAAUUCCACGAGGCAAAACAAGAUGAACGAUGAAUAAUCCAUCGCCCAGCCUUCAGUUAAGUUGGUUGGUUUAGGUCAAGUUAGCAGCUGAAUUCAAAGGAUGCCUGUGGUAUAAAUAAUCUAUUCCCUGUUUGUUUUAGCAAUAUUUUUUUCUUCUAUGUUGCGAAAAUAAAACAACACCAUUACGCACAAACCAUUAACCAAGGAUCGCGUCACAGGGAUUUUAUUGUGGUUUUAAAUGAUACUUUGAGCAUUCAUUGUGGUGAGAAAAAGUCUUUGACGAGAAGGUUGUUAAUGGAUUUCAUGAAAUUUAUGAGUAAGGCAGUAAGCCACUGAGUAACUGAGUAGCCACUGUUAUGUUUAUCGUUGCAUAUGAGUCUGAAAUUAAUAUUGUUGAUUAUUUCACAUACCAUCUAACAAAUCGAUACCCCACAGAUACAAGACACAGUUUCUAACCGGCAGGAGCUAUUUAAAACGAGGUAGAAUCAGUACAUUGGUAUCCUGGCUCCAUAAAGCAGUCAAACUCGAGGGCGAAAGCGUAUCAUUGUCACUGAAAUUGCUGCGUGUGGCAGACCAUUGUCGGAAUAGCGAUUCUCUACACAUGUUUGGUUAAAAAAUUUCGCAUCAAGACGAAAUUUGGCAGGAGAAGUGACCGCUGAUUUAUGAACGGAAGUUAAAUUGUGUCUUCAUUUUAAGGUGUUUUGAUACAUAUUUUAGGAGGCCAUACAGAUAUUUUUCAAUCGCUUUAAACUGAUUUUAAUGCUGUCGGAUCGCUAUAAAACUUUCACCUGUGACUGACCAUGAAUUGAAGUUUGUGAAAAUGCAGUUUUAAUUAAAAUCGAUAUCACUAUGGCAACAAUAAACAAAAAGACUUUGAAACUGAUAAAAGCCCAAUUUUGCGCGAUCUAGACCUGCUAUAAUUCUGUACGUUUGAAUUCAAAUAAAACGUAAAAAUAUUUUAAACCUUGUAAUUUAAAUAGCCGUGAAAAACUGAUUAAUAAAAAAGCUCUAAAUGACUCAAAUUAAUCUUAAACAGCGUUUUAAUGCUGCUGAGUAUCAUUUUUCGCUGUUUGGAAAUUCUAGUGUAUUUUCUUUCUUGCGAUCCUCAAAACUUACCAGUUUUCUCACCACUUGUCUAAGUGCAACUUUAUUCUAAAUUUUGACUUUUAGCGCUUUUCUGUAUUUUUCUGAAACAGCUCGACAGAAUUAUUUUCGAACCUCAUCACAUAAUCUUUACGAUGUAUAUAAUAAUGUCUGAAACUUUCAUUAGAAUUGAUUCACUUGAAAUUUAAAGACGAACCUAGCCUAUGAACCGGCCAAAAAUCCGCUUUACAACUUUCACUGUUUUGACGUUUUGUUAAUUUUUCCAGUGAGAUUAUAUCGCAACCAUAAAUACCUCCAUGAUUAGUAUAUUUCAAUUUGAAUACUUUCAAUGCUUUACAUUCAAAAGAUGCAAUAAAAUUCGUUGAGUCAUGGAGGUAUGUAAGGCGAGCAUUAAUUUCAAAAACUAGCAUAACGUCUAAACAACGAAUGUUAAAUCGAAGAUUUUUGGCCGGUUCGGUUUGUCUUGAAAUUUUCUUAAUGAAAGUUUCAGACAUUAUCAUGUAGAUCGUCAAAAUUUAAUAUGUGAUGAGGUUUGAAACGAAUUUUGUCGAGCCGUUUCAGACAUACAGAAAAGCAGGAAAAGUCAACAUUUAAGUAAAGUUGCACUGCCUGCACGGUGAGAAAACAGGUUACUAUAGAUUUCAGGAUCGCAAGAAAGAAAAUACACCAGAAUUUCCAAACAGCAAAAAAUGAUAUUAUGCAGUAUUCUGACGCUACUUAAGAUUAAUUUGAGUCGUUUAGAACUUUUUUACUAAUCAAUUUUUAAUGGCUAUUGAAAAUGAGAGGUUUGAAAUAUAUUUACGUUUUAUCUGAAUUCAAACAUAAGAAUUGUUUACUUCUCACGGAGGUUAUUUGCUAUGCACUACACUUUAAGUUCUUGGUGCCGCAUUUUCAGCAAAAUUAUUCUUUUAUCGAUUUCAAAGUUUUUUUGUUUAUUGUUGUCAUAGUGAUAUAGAUUUUACCUAAAACUACAUUUUCACAAGCUUCAGUCCAAAAUCAGUCAGUGGAGAAAAUUUUAUAGCGAUCGUAUAAGGAUAAAUCACUUUCAAAGCGAUUUAAAAGUAUCGGUAUGGCCUGCGAAAAACUGUAUCGAAACACCUUAACUAUAUGUUAUGAGUCAGAAUAUCUUAACAAUUUGUCUGUUCAUGGCAUAUUUCGCUUGGUCAGAUGUGAAACUUUGUAACAGUCUAAGCUUAACUGUAAACAACUCCCUUCAAUUAAAUCCUUUGGUUGGAUUGAAAGAAUAGGGUGUGUUAUACUAUAACAUAGUUUUGUUAUCUUACACUUAAAUCAGUUCUGUCGCAAAUGGUUGUGUUAAGUUGCUCCUGUUGCCGUCGUUGUUUUGACGAGCUCUUUUUCUCUUUUAGACAAAACAUUUUGAGACAUUACACUGAGGAAAGAUGACUAAUCUUUCACCUCAAGACAGUGUCAGCACGAGUGAAGUAUUUCCGUUGAAGACUCGCGAGUACAAGACCUUUAAUCAACCUAGAACGGAAAUAAAGAGUAACGCCCCCGAAAGAGAGCGCAACAACAUUCCCUCGACAAGCCAACAGAGCCAAGAUCGCAAAGUAUUCUGGGGAGAUGCUAGACCUCCAAAUCGUAGUACCUUAGCCAGCAGCCACUUAACGAAAACUGUGUAUGAAACCUGUGCAAGUGGAUCACAAAACAGAGCUGUGUACCAGGCGGGUAGAAUGAGCCUACCACUGAACGGAAAAUAUGCAAAUAAUUAUUACAUUAGAGCAAACGGUGCGAACUCUAAGCCUGGGACUCCUUACGGUCAAAUUGGGGUAAACGGCGUGAAAUCACUGCUACGGCGAUCUAAUUCUGGAAAUUUAAACUGUUGUGGUUCUUCUCUGAACUGUGUGUUUCAAGGAAGAGACCCCGAGAAACCUUGGAAAAGCAAAGGCGAUUAUUUUGUGGCCGUCCUCACAUAUUUGCUGGGAGUUGGAAAUGUCAUCAGGUUUCCGCAGCUUUGCUUCAAGCACGGGGGAGGUAAGAAGUCUCUCUACUAAGGACAAUUAAAGCGGUUUUCUAUCAAGGCUAACUCCUCGGUAAGAAUGGUAGCAGAUUCGGACAGUCGCCCUUUGGAAUGGCCAACUGCCCCCUUAGAAUUAAUAAUACUUACAGCAUGAGAAAACGUUAAGAAAGGUUUGAACAAAUUAAACGUACCAAGGAACCGAAAAUAUUUUUAACGGCUGUGAGAAACUAAGUAGUGUAUAAUGAAAUUUGUUUGGAUGUAUUGUGUUUUGUAGCUCUGUAGCGGUUUUAAGAGGUAAUUUGAAGGUUUUGUAUUCGUUACUUAAGUGUGAAAAAAAAGUAUUAAAAGUUGUUGAACGGAAAAAAAAAACGAAAAUAUGGGGGUGACAAGAAGACGUGUUCGUCCAAGCCAAAAUUGCUUUAAAAGUUUUUUUUUUCAUUUUUCUUUUUAACAAUAAACAGAGCAAUUCUUUUUUUGGUGGGCUGAUUGGUCGAGAGUUAUGGUCAAGGAGAUUAUAGACCAUGGAAUUGUAGCCUGUUAAAGGCGUUCAGUCUUGGGGAGGAGCCCUAAAGGAAGAAUGGAAGGGAAAAAGGCGGAAGAAAGGAAGAGGGAGAGAGGAGGGAACAGAACGAUGGCGUAAUAUUUGUUUAGGACUAACAUUUCUCCGAAACUGUUCGAAUAUAGGCAGUCAACUUGCUACUUGUGUUAAUUUUUAGUCUGGUCAUUUAAAGUUGCUUAUUCUGUGUUGUUUUAAAGGAGCAUUUUUCAUCCCAUACUUCAUUAUGCUAAUCAUAGAGGGAAUUCCCUUGCUCUGCUUGGAGAUGGCGGUCGGUCAAAGACUGGGUCGUAACUCGGUCGUCGAAUCAUGGAAGGAUCUCAGUCCCAGUCUCCGGGGGAUUGGCAUUUCUGCGGCGUUGAUGAGCCUGGUGACGAUUUUUUAUUACAAUUACAUUGUAGCAUGGUGUCUGUACUACUUCGUUCAUUCAUUAAGAAGGACACUUUUUUGGAGCGCAUGUCCAACUGUAGACCUUAAUGGAACCAAAACUGAUGUGACAGAGUGUGCAAAAAGCAGUCCAGCCGAGUACUACUGGUACAGAGACACAUUAGACGUUGCAGAUGAUAUUGACAAUAGCACGGGUAAGAAGAUGACGUCAUCACAUUAUUUCAUACCAAAUGAUUUGCUGCAUGAAAAUCAUUGUAAUACUACCACUAUAUUGAACUUCGCUCCUACUUUCGAUUUAUCUACGGUUCUUUCUUAGUCUCUAUAUUGCCCCUUGAUAAGGAAUCCGGAUUCCGGAAUGCGAGAAAUUUUUGCUUGUGAAAUUGGGAAUCAGGGAAACUUUGCUUUUAAAAUCUGGAAUCCUGAGAUUUAGAAUCCGGGAUACAGCUAAAGGACUCCGGAAUCUCACUAACCAUUGGAAUCCUGAAUCCAAAUCCAAAUCCAAAUUCCACUGACUAAGAAUCCGGAAUCCAUGGCGUGGAAUCCAGAAUCCAAGACGGUCUUGGACUCCCUUACAUGGGGCGAUCUCUGUAUAGCUGCUAAGUACUAAUAACUAUCCCUGAACAACAACAAAACAAAGUAAUUACGGUCACCUAGGAAUGAUCCUUGCAGUGUUUAAGUCAUGAGCGAUGAGGCGGGCAUCUCAUUAAGUGUGUUACUAUUACACAGAGUAUAACGCUCCAGGAUGUUUAAAAUAGGAUUAGGAUAGCCCUAGAUUUCAGUAACAUUUAAGGAAAGAGUAUUUUGACGAUGUUUAGCAUAGACCCUAGCUUAAGACAAUCAGUAAAGCGCCAAAGUCGUUUAUAAAUGGUUUAUUUUUGGUCGAUAAAUUAAAUAGCGCUAGCAUGUUCCGUUCUGCGCUAUAUGCCUUCUGAUGCCGUCUGAUGAGGUGACAUUCCCCCAAAAAAAUGAUAACAGAGUGCCAAAUGUUUUUUUAAAAAAUAGACGUUUCGGGUGUAUGACCCUUCUUCAGUGUGAGGAAAACCGUUUUAAUGGUUGUGUUUGGAUUAGCCACUUGAUUACCAACGAGAUAAAAAAUAUCAGGACAUUUUUUCCCAUUUAAAUUUGUUUACGAAUGUUUAAACUUGUUUUGACAGGAAUCAACAUGUAUAUGUACCUUUUCGUCGUAGCGUCAUGGACUGUGUCAUUUCUUCUGACAAUGCGGGGCUCUCGAGGCGUUUCAAAGGUUUGUAUAUGUGCCAUGACUCCAGAGGUCCGCCUCGAAGUACCUAGAUGAAGUAAACCGUGUUCACGGUUUGAUAAAGUUUCCGAGACAGUUUUUUCUUGGGGCUUUGCGCUCUGCAGUCGCGUCUUCGCGGCGAGCUGUCAGGAAUCAGAUAAGACAAAAAAACCCCUCUGGCACCCAGGGUAGUGUAUAUGAUGACUGAGAACUGAAAUGCCGGGAAGAAAAUUGCACAACCAAGACGUUUUCAUAUACAUGUAACGUAUGCAUCUACAUAACAGAGCUCUCGCGCGCGCCAAGCGCGCGCAGCGGAGCACCACAGGUAAAAAAAAUUGGUUAUCUAUUCUCUAUUUUCGAAUUCCCCAUAAUACACUCUGUUUGCCCCCCAAAUUUUGCAUAAACCAUUGUUUUUAAAUGCUCCUGGGAGUAUUGCAUUUUUCCCAAGAGCAUUUUAAGACAAUAAGUUAUACAAAAUUUGGGGAGCAAACAGAGUGUAUUAUGGGGAAUUCGAAAAUAGUCAAUGCAUUCAAGAAAUUUUGGUUCUGGCAAAAUCGUCCGUACGUACGUCCGUGCGAACACUCUUUCAUGUUAGUAGAUGUGAAAUGGGACAGUUACUAGCUUGGAGUCCAAGGCAUAUACUGUGUGUUUAAGGUGACGUAUUUUUUAAAGUUAAUUAGCUGACCAGUUUUUGGUUUUCAAUUGAUCGUGGGCUCAGGAUUUUUUAAGGUGGAAUCAGGUGGAAUUCAGUUUGCUUUCUGCUUACGGCAAAAGUUUAAUUGCUUGAGAAAGACAUUUCUUAAAAGAUCCCUCGAGGGCUUCUUUUUUGGCCUUGACUAAAUCUAUAUAUUACUAGAUGUCAUGUGUAAGGGACCCUCGCCAGUAUUGAUUCAAUUUAUAGCUUACAACUAGUUACUAAGGGAUAUUUCCUGACUGUCUUUCCCACAUCACAAUAUCAACAGCACUAGGGUAGGACAAUUAGCGAGAGGUCUUAAUACUACGGACCGGGCGACAAGGACGAGAUCAAGAUCUACUUUUCAUCCCAGAGAUUUUCUCAUACAUUUAUUUAUGUAAAAUAAUCACAAACAAUUAUUCUGAAAGGCCUAGCAGUUGACCCAACCUCGUCCCCAGGGCUUUUCCCUUAAAAAACGGGAAAAGCCCUGGGGACGAGGUUGCGGUUGACCGGCUCGUCGCUGCCAAGAAAGAGAUCCAGAAAAUGAUCAGUGUGGGAUUCAGAACCACAAUCUCUCUAUUGCAAGUGAGACGCACUGACCAUUUGGCCGCGCUGACUCCUGUAAUACUCAAAAGCCGAAUUCGUUUCCUUCAUAUCACCGAGUAUUAAACGCGCAUUACAUAACUGGGUUUGCAUUAAUCCAUUAACACGGAUAUAUUUGUUAUUUUACAGAUUUUAAUCGUGACUCUAACGUUCAUCAUCAUCAGCCUUGUUAUCUUUUUCUUUCUUGGUGUUCAUCUGGACGGUUGGGCCGAAGGAUUAGCUGUACUUUUCAUCCCAGAGGUUUGCUUCUCCGUGAUCAAUAUUAGUGGCGGACUUACAAGAAUAACGCCCACUCCCCAUAUUUACAUGAAAACCGAGUUCCGCGGUGCCAUAGCACAGAGGUGCUUCGUUUCGGUCAUAGAGCAGGCCACGCCUUACUUCAAAGUCGGGAUUAGGACCGCGAACGACCUCGGACGUCUGACUAUCAGGCUAAGUCGGGAUCGGCCAUUAUUGACUUUAUAAGCAAGCUUUCUUCAUAGAGACAGCACGCUAAAUGGCUAACAAGAUAGUCUCUAAAGUAAUACUGCCCUUUAGGGGCGAGCAUCCUUUGUGGUAAUCUUAUGGUUUGUUUUAUGAAACUAUGCCAACACGACUGCUACAUUAGUUUGAAAUUAGUUAAUGCAUUUUCUUGAUAAAAGAGAAAAGCUUUGAGAUGCAAUCUAGUCGUCUGAAUAGCACAGUCAUUUAGAAUAACCAUUCAAAUGUAAGGAUGAUCUAAGCAGCAAGUUAUUCAUAACUCAGAUGCAUCGGAAAGAGUCUAAGGACUUUUAGUGCAGAGUAGAUGUUCCUCAGCAUUAACAAAUCAAUGCGUAAAGAGACGUUCAGAUCUAAUCCUGAAUUAAAAUACCUCAACUCACCCUUCAGUGAAGUAUUCUUGAGGAAGAUUCAACCAAUCUUGCUGGCAAGCUUUCGGAUGUAAGAGAAGGGAAGGCGUAUUCUUUCUCCUAUAAUACAAUAGUCCAGUUUCGAAUUAAAAAUUACUGCUGAAUACAAACAUUAACGACACAUUCGUACAGGGUUAGCCUCGACGUAAAGUAAAAUAUUCAGAAAUUCUGGCAAGUAAGUGUCUGAAAUUUGAAUAUACACAAUAGAGAGAGUUAUAAACAGGUCCUUUUUUCGUUAGAAUUUGUGAAUAUAUUACUUCAAAUGGAGGCUAAGGCUAUAAAAAAAGCGUCUUCACUUCUUUAAUUCAGCGGUCUUAACGAACUCGAAAAUGGACUAUUCAAACACAGAACCGACCAGUUAAGACGCGCAACCCCAUAUGGUGACCAACAGAGCUCAAUCAAAUUUAUGAUUUUCCGCAGUGGGAAAGACUCAAGGAUCCAGUCGUAUGGAUGGACGCUGCAGGACAAAUCUUCUACUCUCUAGGGGUGGGGUUUGGAACUUUAACUCUCUUCUCCACUGGCCACAAGCCCAACAACAACUUCUACAUGGACGCAGUCAUGAGCGCCCUGGGGAAUUGUGGGACAUCGCUAUGGGCGAGCAUCAUCAUGUUCUCUUUAUUUGGGUUUAAAGCGAGUUAUGAAGUCAAGGAAUGUAAAGAAAUGAGUCGAAACGCUUCUGUUGGCAACAACGGCUCCUGUAGCAAAGAAGAAAUAUUUAAACAGGUAGGUAAACCUCUGAUUAUCUAUAAAAUAAAUUUCAGAUACGGCUUGAGAGUGUCCCGAACAGAAAGGUUCAGGGGUAGCCGGCAAGGAAAAUAGACACAGGGGUGUCACUUAGGGCCCGGGGCCGGGAUUUCACGGCGGCUACAUAUAAGCAUGACCCUCCAGGUUACUUUCAAAGGAAACGAGAGGAAAACAGAACCAAAAGAACUUCUUAUCCAGCAACUUUAAAUAUUAGAGACAGCUCUGAAAGGAUUUUUUAGCUUGCCUGUAUUAAUAGACAGACUGUAUAACACUUGGGUUCCCAAUGCGUAUUAUUAAAGUUGUUUCUCCGUGGUUAUGUCUUUCAGCUUCCACCAGGGUUAUCCCUCGGGUUUGCAGGAUUAAGCGGAACAUUCCCUAAGAUGCCUUGGUCGCCAUCGUUGUGGUCCUCAUUCUUCUAUUUUCUUCUCUUUCUACUUGGUUCCUCAAGCAUGCUGGGUAUGAUUGAGAUCGUCCUUAUCACUUUUAAAGAAAUAAAACUAUUUACGUCACAAUGGAGAAAAGAACUGCUUUGCGGUAUGUUUAAUUGACUUAAUAUUGUUACUACAGUCGACUCUCUCUUAUCUCAGGUAGUCUGCUAUUUUUUUGGUCUGAAAUAUAAGUGGGUGGUCUAUCUUCAAAAUAAAAAUUUGUGGCAAGAGUGAGAAGUGGUCAUUGCAUUAUCCUUGUUAAGAUAGUAUUUUUGAGAUUGACAUCACCAUGGUAACGUGUUGCGUGACCAAGUAACGCUUCACUUCCGUAUUUUUUUCUCUAAGGAUUCUGCAGGCAGUGUAAAAAAAACUUUUACUAGGCAUUUUUAUAGGUGUUGUUUUUACCUAACUAACGUACUUUCCAAAUUUAACUGGAAUGGUCGUAUGCCUACCCUUGAUGAAUGUUUGAGAAAUCAUUACAUUUCAAUGACCACGUGGCCUGGACAUGCCUUCCAGUUAGUUUCGUGUACAUCCCGAUACGUCCGAUACGCAAAACACUUUCCGCGCGUUAUUUGUUAAGAUAAGUGUGCAUAAGUUCUCCUGCAGAUGGGCUCAAGUCAAAAUAGUAAUUGGAUAACUCAGUGAGUCACGUGAUCCUUAUCUUGACAACUUUCAUUCAGACUUAAUCUUUACAACUCGUUUAAGCUCUCACGUAAGUUUCUUGUCAAUAAGUUGCAUACUUACAGAGAUAGACCACCCCCCUUCAUUUUUUCAUGUUUUUUUACGUACCCUGCCUUUCUUUACUCUCUCUAUUUGACUCUCUAUAAGACAGACACUUAUGUUGGUCCCAAAGGUGUCAGUCUUAGAGAGGCUUGAUUGUUAACACUUCAGUCCUGCAAUCUCGCGCAAAAAAGUACGCAUCCAACUUUUACCAUCCUUCUCUUGUCUGCAGACCACCGCCACUUACUUCCCUCGCAUUGUCGACCAAAGCUAGGGGACGAAAGCUUCCAAUCCACCAGUGCAAAUUCAGUUUGAUAUGGGGGACGGCGAGUGGUUAGAGAAAGGACUGUUUAAGAUCGGGGGGAGGGUACGUGCGGCUAGACCUAGGCUUUUAAUAUCGGCGCUAAGAGAGACUGCGCGCCGGUGUAUAUUCGAUCUCUCGUCCCAUGUAAGGGAAUUUGACAAGACAGUCUUGGAAUGCGGAUUCGAGGCACUGGAUUCCGGAUUCUUUGUCAGUGGUACUUGGAUUCUGGAUUCUAAUCGUUAGUGGGAUUCCGGAUUCCUUGAGCUGUAUUCCGGAUUCCAAAUUCAAGGAUUCCGGAUUCCACAUUCCACAUGCAAAAGUUUCCCGGAGUCCAGAAUUCGGAUUCUCAUACACGGGGCGAACUUUAAGUAUACUAUUUCUCUUUUAUUUCAUGUUUCUUAGGCUUAUUCUGUCUGGCCAUGUGUAUCAGCAACCUAUUAUUCGUACAGUCAACUGGCUUUUACUUGUUAGAGAUUAUCAGUUCCGCUAGUUCCAUUCCCCUGCUCCUAACUGGCCUGGUGGAGUGUGUGGGUGUAACUUACAUCUACGGAGUAGACAGGUACUACAUAAUCCGCUCUUCAAACUGAACUGAGGAAAUUAAGGUUAUUUAUUGUUUUAAGGUGGAUUUCUGCUGUCGCGUUAUUCUUACGCUCGGGUAUAAAAUAGAGGCAAUGUAUGGAAGGUCACGCGUAAACAUAAAAGUUAAACCUCCCUCAGCUUUUACGUUUACCAGUGGCCUUUCAUACAUUGUCACUAUUUCAUUUACGCGCGUUCGUACGGAAAAGUUACGCGAUAGUGGAAAUCAACCACUACAGUGAGAGGUAGUAAGCACCCAUUUUGACUCUGAUGAUGACAUCCCGACAAGUUGUCGAAAAGUCCGGUUAUUGUUGUAACCAACUAUCUUACGGUUGCAUAUCUGUCCGCUUUCGCGCCUUAAUGCAAGCGUCAGUAUUUUAUUGCAAACCUUCCAUUAUUUUUGUACUUUUCUUUGAUGAAGACUGAAAUUUUAUUUGAGUGUAGGGGCGGAUCUAGUGGGAGGGUGCAGGGGGUGCGCACCCUCCCCUGAGAUGACCUGCGGUUUUCUAAUACAAUUGGUAUUCUGCAAAAAAAAAACAAAACUAUGUGGUUUAUUGGUGUUGAAGUAGAGCGAGAGACGAGUGCACCCCCUCCUAAAAAAAAUCCUGGAUCCGCCCCUGGAGUGUGUCUAAAAAUUCAUUCAGGAUUCAUUAAGGAUUUCAUUAAUUCUUUAACAUGUUUAAGUCUCACAUAAAAAUCUUUCUGAAAUGUCAUUUGAACCUAUAGAUUUUCAAAGGAUCUUUCAUUAAUGACUGGGAAGAGAGUAAAAAGAAGAUGGCACAUAUGCUGGAAGUUUAUUUCACCGCUGAUCAUACUCAGUGUAAUAAUUGGAGGAUUAGUACAGAUGAUCCGAGACAUGGCUGAUGGAAGGUAUACAUACACAGCCUGGGAUAGGAAUAAGGUGAUUUUCUUUAAAAAAAUUAAUUAUUGAACUCAGGGUUUUGUGCAUUCUAUCAGCUGGCGUGAACACCAUUUGUCUGCCAGUUUUCAAGAGGCUACAAGAAGCCGCUAAUAUAAGGCUAUUAUUUUUCCACCCCACGUUAGACCUAGCUCACCCCAGCACCCGCCGCGUUGCAGUCGGAGGUUACCCCAUUUUUUCUGCAUGGAGAGGGACAAUAUGAAGCAAUUUUAUGUUGUUCACAGAACAGAAAAAACGACCAGAAACCGCUCGAGCUUUCAAUGUCACUGUUUCUUAUUUUCAUUUAAAGAAUGAUUCUGAUGAAGAGUAUGUUUCAUUUUGAAUGCUCGAAUAUUGUCUGAUAUAUAGGGACUUCGAUUCUGCAUGCUGAUAGCUUUCAGCGAAUGACAUUCCAUAACUCUCUAUAUUUAACAAUUAUUCCUCGAGCCCGAAUGGGCUCUGAGUCAAUAGAGGCCUCAUGGGCUAUUGACUCAGAGGCCAUGAGGGAGAGAGGAAUAAUUGUUUUUUGGUAAAAUCCAACUAGUUGGUCAAAAAUAUCGUGACAAAACAACUUUAGCUAGCAAAACAUGAUUCAGCCGCCAUUGUUUUGGUUUUCAAAGCUGGCACUUUUCGCUACUAACGUAUAGCCUAGUAGAAGCUUAACCAAUGAAAACGCAGCAUUGAUAAUAGACCGUAGACCACUAGAUGGAUUUUAAUAAAUACGUCUACUCGUAACCAAAUAGAAAAUAAAUCGUGAUCUUAAUAGCCAGUAAAAGUUCCUGUUCCUUUCCGUAACUUUUUAUUAAGCUUCAGUAAGAUUAUUAUGAAUGUUGUAGAUUUUUAAAAUAGGUUUACUAAAUUUAAUUUUAUAAUUAAUAGUAUCAGAGAACGGAUAACUGCCCAUUGUAUAUUUAACUUCUUCUAUAGGCGAAAAUCAAGUACCUUCAAUAUCCUGCAUGGGGUUACGUCAUCUACACGCUGUUUGCUUUGAUUCCUGUUCUUUGCAUAAUUUACCCUCCCAUCAAAGACCAUGUCGCGCAGAGAAGAUCAGAAUCUGAGAAUAGCGGAGACUCGCUUUCUACAGUCUGCGAACGAUGCUGCUAUUUCGGAAGAUCAAGAUCUUUCGACUUGGAGCAAAGUAGCUCGUGUGUUAAUGGACAUGUUAACCAGUCGGUUCAGGCAGACUGA